AUGGACGCAAAUGAUGCUAUGACUAUAAACAAACAAAUACAAGAACUCCAGGACACAACAUUAAAUUCAAAAAUAAUAGAGGAAAAUCAAAAAAGUUUGAAUAUACAAAUGAUACAGAGAUUUAAAAAUUUGACAGAGCAUAUGAAUAACAAUCAGGAAAGCAUUACAAAAUUUUUAGAAAAACUCUCAACAAAAACAACUAAUCAUAUUCUAAAAGAAGACAAUGCGCUAUUAGAAAUCCAAUACAUGAAUCAGCUUGAUUAUAAUAUAGAUUUAUUAUUGAACCAUAUCUCUGACAUAAUAGAAGCUGUAAUGCUCGCAAAACUUGGUGUAGUAUCAAAGCUUAUUCUUCAUCCAGAUGAAUUGGAUGAAAUAAGACACCAUUUUAAGUCCCAGAAUAUUGACUUAGUUUCGGACGGACACCUUUACGAACUUCUGGAACUCCAAGCAUAUUAUAAUAAUAGCAACCUAAUUUUUAAUAUAAAACUUCCAAAUUUGGCUAAAAGUACGAAUUCGCUUUUCCAUCUCAUUCCUCUUCCUAUAAAUAAUACGAAAGUAAUUAAAACAAAACCAUACGUAAGUUACAAUAACCACGAGCUCCAAUACUUAACAGAGAUUUGCCCAAAAAUUGAGAACGUGUACUACUGCAAGAGGUCAAAUGACUUCGAAAGCACCAAUAAUUCAACUUGUAUCGCUAGAAUUUUGAAUAAUAAAACACCAAUAUGUCCUGUGAACGAUGUGGGGCCCACAUCGAAUAUAUUCCAACCGGAAGAUAAUUAUAUAAUGGUUAUCAACGUAAAGGGACUACCGAUAACCUCUGAUUGUGGGCAAAACUUCACAAUUGAAGGAACCUCCCUUCUCCACUACACGAAUUGUUCCGUCACGAUAGCGGGAACAACAUAUAAAGACAACCCUUCAGUCCAUUGGGACACAAUCUUCGUAGCACCACCAAAUCUAGAGAAAGUGCAAAUAACAACAAUAACAGAGACUUUAAGCCUAGAGAAGAUCAAAGACUACAGUUUCAUCAACAAAAAUGAUAUUACGAGAUUAAGAAAGGAUGCAAUUCAAAGGAGAAACAUAAUAACGAUAACAACAUUGAUACUCAUCACCUUAACUAUCACUAGUGUAACUCUGUUAUGGAAAAACCCCAUAAUUCGGUAUUAUCCUAAGCCCACUGAAGCCGCUCUGUCCCCACCAACUUCGUUGUGGCCAUCGCUCUACUCUAAGGGGGGAGGAGUUACAUCGUCACAUCAACCCCCACCAAAACCCAGAAGACACCUAUAAAACAAUAACAACAAUUAUUAUUUUCUUAUUGUACUUUAUUAUUUUUAUUGUCUCAUCAAAUUUAAAUAUUGUACUUUAUUAUUUUUAUUGACUCAUCAAAUUACUUUUACUUAUUUACCUUCAUGUAAAUCAAAUUUAAAUAUUGUACUUUAUUAUUUUUACUGACUCAUCAAAUUUAAAACAUUGCAACAAUUGUAAUUGAUACUUACUUCCUGUUUACCAACUUUUAUACAAUUAUUAUUGUUUUAAUUUUUACUUGACUCAUCAAAUUUCUUUUUCGUAUUUACCUUCAUGUAAAGUUAAUUUUAA